CGCAUUAGUAUACGGACUCAUUCGUCCGGUCCGUCACGAGUAAGAUCCGUUCAAGGUUGCAAUUUGACAGUAUGGAAGAGGACAGUCCGGAAGAGUUUCUUGCAGAGUUCAAGGAGAAACAUCUAGGUGCUUGGGGAAUUGUCCAGAUAACUGCUGGCACAGGGCUAGCUGUCUAUGCCAUGUGGGCAGGGGUUCUCAUGCCAGGAUUUCGAAAAGUCCCUCUGAGGUUACAGGUGCCCUAUCUCCCUGCCAGCAAGAAACAAGUGCGGAAUGUGAUGGCACUGCUGAGUGGUCGACAUGGUAACCUUGUGGACUUGGGCUCCGGUGAUGGCAGGAUUGUGCUGGAAGCACACAAACACGGCUUUGGUCCCACAGUAGGAUACGAACUCAACCCCUGGUUAGUUCGUCUAGCUAACUUCCACGCAUGGAGAGCAGGCCAUUAUGGGAAGGUGUCGUAUCGGCAGGAAGACCUCUGGAAGGUGGACCUUACUGAGUGUAAGAAUGUUACUGUGUUUUUGGCCCCCAGCGUGCUCUCUUUACUGCAGGAGAAGAUGGAGGCUGAGCUUCCAGAUGACGCCCUGGUAGUAGCCGGUAGGUUUCCCUUCACUGAGUGGACUCCAUGCAGGAUUGAAGGAGAUGGUGUAGACAGAGCUUGGGCCUAUACCAUGCAGGCCCAAAGACUGCCAGCAGGGAGUGCUAUGCUACCUGUACCUAAAGAGUUGAAAUCACCAGUUUGAACUGAAAGUGAGAGAACCAAGUAACUGAUUGGACCAGGAAGACAUGAGCAUGAGACAUAAGCAUGAGAGUUUGUAUGAUGGAAGAAACCAUUGGGAGUCUGAGGAGGAGGGACAAACCAUUUUCAUCUACAUGGGUUGACACAAGUAGCUGACUGAGACCCACUCCUCAGUGUUAAGUUGGUAGUUAGGGGCCUUUUCUGGAUUUUCUCAAUUCCUUGCCUCUGUUCUCUCCUCGCCUUCUGAAAACAACAGCUGUUUCAAAGGGUGUGUGGUUGAUUUCAAAACUCUUCGUGGUAGGAAUUGAGAAAAGACCAGGGAGUGAGAUGCCGUCUGAGUAUAUGAACCUGUCAACAGAUAAACUACCAAGCACAUGGUACAAUCCAGACAUCUUUAAAAACCAUACCUUUUCCACAUUUUGUUACGUUACAGCCUUAUUCUAAAAUGGAUGAAAUAAAAACAUGUCCUCCUCAAUCUACACACAGUACCCCAUAAAGACAAAGC